AUGAGGUUCAUCCCGGGAUGUCUGCUUCUCCUGCUGCUGAUCAGCAGCCUCUCUCCAGCCCACGGUGUUCUGGAGGCCUGGAACACGAACUUCAAGUGCAAGUGCAUGAAGUCGGUUCCAUACCUGAGCAAGCGCAGCAUGAUUUCCCGGGUUGUAGCCUUUAAGCCUGGGGAUCAUUGCCCACGCAAGGAAGUCAUAGUCUGGCUGAAGAAUGGGUCAGCUCUAUGCUUGAAUCCUGAAUCUGAGUGGACACGACGUCUGUUAAAGAAUGUCCAGAGGUCCAACAUCCUGCCAAGUGACAGAAGGCCCACAUAA